AUGUCUGUGCCGCGGAUCCAGGUAGAGGAGGUGGGCAGUGAAGAGGGGCCAGCAGCAGCGGCAGCUCCCCCUGACGACCACCUGCGGAGCCUGAAGGCCCUCACUGAGAAACUGCGACUGGAGACGCGCAGACCCUCCUACCUGGAAUGGCAGGCCAGGCUGGAGGGGCAGACGUGGCCCUUCCCGAGAUCAGCUACUGCUGAGGAGCAGGAGGGGAGCUUGGAGCCGGGGCAGUGUGGUGGGGAGGAACUCCUGCUUCCCCCAAGAGAACCCAGGCAGCAUCCCCCACCUGCCAGGAGCAGCAGCCCCGGUGCUGGGGCCCUCACCCUGGGCAAGCUGGACGGUUUCCAGAGCAUCGACGAGGCUCUAGCCUGGCUCAGGAAGGAACUGACGGAGAUGCGGCUGCAGGACCAGCAGCUGGCCCGACAGCUCAUGCGCCUGCGUGGUGACAUCAACAAGCUGAAGAUCGAGCACACCUGCCGCCUGCACAGGAGAAUGCUCAACGACGCCACCUACGAGCUGGAGGAGCGGGACGAGCUGGCCGACCUCUUCUGCGACUCGCCCCUGGCUGCCUCCUUCAGCCUCUCCGCACCUCUCAAGCUCAUUGGUGUCACCAAGAUGAACAUCAACUCCCGGAGGUUCUCUCUCUGCUGA